AUGGAAGUGCGCUGGCACCCGUCGUACGAUGCUGCAGCCCGUCCCAAUCGCAUCGCCUGCUCGGCUCCGUUGUCUGGGGCAUGCCGUGAUGCGCUGCGUCGGUCCGUCGUCGUGACUGCCUGCACGUCCCUGCACCGCCGCCGCUCAGCCAGCUCGCCGCGAAGAUGCUUGGCCCAAGGCGCGGCUGCACACGCGCGUGGAAUCCUGGACGGCCCUCUUGCGCUGAGGAAGGACGGCCUGCGUCCGAUCCGCGCGCAGCCAGAGCCGUCCCACUCGACUGUCGCGGCGGAGCGGCGUUCGCCCGCCGUGUCCAUGCAUCCGUCCGUGUCUGUGGCGACCGACGAGGCUGGCUUCCACGCCAGACGCAGCGCCACGCUCGCUUCCGUGGACGUCGCCCAGAACGCGACGGGAAGCAAGUGUUGUCACCGUGCUGCCGAGCACCCACGCGGGCGAGCUAUAAGGGCGAGCGCGGAGGACGCAGGGGGUGUCGAUGCCCUCGACGGGCCCUGUGUGCGAGCCGCCGAGCGUCGUGCCGCGUUCCCGGCGAUUUCGACACCACUCGCGUUGGCGGGAGCAGGCGUCUUCACGGAGGUGUCCUGA